UAGCAUUAGGUUUUGUCAGAACCGAUUUCUAAGGAGUAUUAACAAAAGGAAAUUAUCGAUUAAUUAUUGGUAGACAACUGAAAGAAAAGCAAACGUUAUUACGGAGGUCAGACAGUAGAUGGCGGUAAAACAUCUGUAGAUUAAUUGUAACUGACAUAAUCACAAUCAACGAAAAAGAAAUGCAUGACGUCACACGUUUUAGCAACCGGCGCGCUGCAUUGAGGAAGGAGCGUGUUUUUUAUAAUUUUCCUGGAAAAACACUUUUUGUGAGUCGUUAUGGCCUCAGACGACAUUGCUCAGCUUGCUGAUGCUUUUUCCAAAACCCACGUCGGAGAUGGAGAGCUGAGCUAUAAAGGCCUGGGACUGAAGCUAGACAACGCAGAAUCAGUGGAGGAGCUGGUCCGUGAGAUAGAGCAGUACCAGGGUCUGACAGCUUUGUGUCUGGAGGGGAACACUGUGGGAGUGGAGGCAGCUCGAGCCAUCGCCAAGGCUCUGGAGAGCAAAGACCUGCUCCAGAGAUGCUAUUGGAGCGACAUGUUCACUGGAAGACUGCGCUCUGAAAUCCCAACAGCCCUGAAGUCCAUGGGCAGUGCGUUAAUAAGUGCAGGCACCAGGCUGACUGAGUUGGACCUGAGUGAUAAUGCCUUUGGGCCAGAUGGUGUGAAGGCAAUCGAGCAGCUGCUGAAGAGCCCUACCUGCCACAGCUUGAAGGAGCUGAGGCUCAACAACUGUGGCAUGGGGAUCGGAGGAGGAAAGAUCCUGGCUGAAGCUCUGACCGAGUGCCACAAACAGUCAUCAGCCCUCAGAGCUCCACUUAGAUUGAGAGUGUUCAUUGCAGGAAGGAACCGCCUGGAAAAUGAAGGAGCCAGCGCCCUGGCAAAGGCUUUUCAGCGGAUGGGCAGCCUGGAGGAAGUCCACAUGCCCCAGAAUGGUAUCAACUACACAGGGGUGAUGGCGCUGGCUUCAGCCAUGCGACACAACCCAGAGCUCCGUGUCCUCAACUUCAAUGACAACACCUUUACCAAGAGAGGAACGCUGGCCAUGGCUCAGGCUCUGGCUCACUUGAGGAACGUACAGGUGAUCAACUUUGGUGACUGUCUGGUCCGCAGUGAAGGAGCCAUCGCCCUGGCUGCAGUCCUCAGAGAGGGACUGCCGAUCCUCAAGGAGCUGAAUCUGUCGUUUGGUGAAAUCACAGAGGCGGCUGCACUAGUGGUGGCUCAGGCUGUUGCGGAAAAACCUCACAUGGAGAAAGUGGAUCUCAACGGUAAUUGUCUGGGAGAGGAGGGCUGUGAGGCCUUGAGAGAAGCUAUGCAGAAUAUGGACAAAGGAGACAUGCUAGCAUCACUCAGUGAUGACGAGGGAGAACCAGAUGACGAGGAUGAGGAAGAUGAUGAUGAUGAUGAUGCCACUGAUGACUGUAAUGCAGACAAUGAGGACAUUGAUGACUGUAAUGCAGACAAUGAGGACAGUGAAAUUGUGAAGGAAAACGGAGUGACAAAAGAAGACAGUCCUGCUAAACCUCAGAGCUUAACGGAGGUCAUGUCUUUCAUCAGCUGCCCCUCUGCAGAGAAGCUCACUCAGCUGGGAGAGAUGAGGACAAACCUGCAGCAGCAGGUUGAUGCAGCUGACCCCCACAGGGCUGCUGACAUCCUACUGAAAAUCACUGCUUUGUACAGUGAGAAACUAGAGACCAAGACAGUUGUCCUAGAAACUACUGAUGCUAUGUUGAAAAAGCUCCUUUCUGGUACAACCCUCCAGUCAUACUGCUUCCUCUCCACACUGCUGGUCAAGAUGGGACUUCUUAAGGGAGAAGGGAAGAUGAAAAAGGUGUCCCUGGUCCCAGGUCAGCUGUUGUGUUUGGAGCACAGUGUGCAGCAGGACUACUUCCCCCAGCAUCAUGCCUCACUGCUUCGCGCCUUUCUGUCUAAGAACAGAGAAGCUUUCAGGUCAUGUAGCAAUGCCAGGGAGAGGCUGAGCUCUGCUCUAGAGAAGAGGUGCCAGGACCAACACUGAUCCCACUGACCAACCACUGCCAGGACCAACACCGGGAAAUACACACCCACUGUGCUGCCGUUAGCUUUUUUUCCCACCAAGAAAACCAACAGGGAUGCUUUACACUUGAACAAGAGACUCAGACAACCACUUACUGUAUCUUCACUCCUCAUUUGUAUAUAUUAUGAUUUAUGAGACUGUUUAGAAUCUACGUUUUAUUUUUCUACUUAUGUGUGUUACUUAUAUUUUUAUAGAAAAUAGAGAUACAUUUGGGAAAAAAAUGCAUAACUACACAUCAGAUAAUCUUGGGGUUAAUGUAAAAAAGAUAGUCACUGAACUUGAAUGGAUCAAUCUAGCACCUUUUUGCAACAUGUAUACAGUAUACAGUG